AUGGAACCGCACGGUCAGAACUCCCCGGCUCCGAGCCAAGCCGCCGUUGAGUCUGUUACAAACUUUUACGACGCCGUCAAACGUGAAUUUCCUGAUGCUGUGAAGGAUUUCGAGUCCAGAUGGGCUGCAUGGCACGAGGAGGAUCUCCAGCUCCAGGCCCGCCAGAUUGUGGGGCUCAACUACGAGCGCAACAAGCUCACUGCCGAACACAUUCAAGGGUGGAAGGCUCAUCAAGAGGAGCACAUGACUUCAAGCAGUGCUGCUCAGCUCACGGGUGGCGAGGGCUGUGCUAAUUUACGCGCAAUGGGCCCGAGCAUUACUGCACAUAUUAUGCUGGCCUGGGUGGAGUUUGAUUUGGCCUUCUGGGAUCAACUGCUGUACCCUAUCUACCAUGGCAAGGCGAUGGGUUCGUGGUGCUGGCAGCCGUCGGCCGUGCAAGCAGAAUGGCUCACCUUCUUCAACGAGGGCGAAUUGGACCAGGUCCCCGUCUAUAUUCUUAGCGACUUCGAUCGUAUGAUGAAUGCGCCUUAUCCCGACGACGUGGGAAAGUAA